GGGGGACGGGGUAAACCUCCUGAGGAGCCUGAGACCGACUGACAGACAUGAUCCUCUGCUUGCAUAGACGAUCUUUGUCGGAGCACGUCUUGACGUGUCGCCGGGGACGUGCGGAGAGUUUUUGCGGGGAAGUGCGUGUAGUUUAACCGGACUUGAUGUUUGUCUCUUAGCGUGUGUCCGUCAUGUCCCCGCUGCAGCGCGUCCGCGGAUCAUCAUGCAGUGGAGGCGACACGUCGCCGGCUUCGCCUUUAGCUCCGUUUUCGUUUUGUCCUAUUUCACGAACAAGUUUGUUCUGUCUGUGUUGAAAUUCACGUAUCCCACCUUAUUUCAGGGAUGGCAGACACUAAUCGGGGCCUUUCUUCUUCUGCUCUCUGCAAAGCUGGGAUGGGUGGACAUGAGCCGCAUCACCAGAGCAGCAGCUCUGCCCUGGCUCCCAGCCUCCCUCCUGUUCGUAGGAAACAUAUAUGCUGGUUCCAGGGCCCUGUCACGCAUUCAUAUCCCUUUUUUCUUCACGCUGCAGAAUUCCUCUCAUGUGGUUUCUCAUCUGAUCCUGAGGGUUUUCUGCAGAGAGCAGAAGAUGCAGUGGCUGAAAUUUAUCAGCUUAUGUCUCGUGCUGUUUGCAGCCAUCAACCUCCCCAUGUAUGAUCCUCAGUUUGACUACAGUGGUUACCUGUGGGCUGUCGGUCACCUGCUCUGUGUCGGUGCAUACAGGGCGUUUCAGGUUCAUCACAGGUCCAGUAAUCUGAGUGACCUUGAACAACACUGCAUCAACUGCUUAUUCAGUGUCCUGCUGCUGGCAGCUGCUGCUCACCCAACAGGUGACCUCAUGGGUGCCCUGGAGUUUCCCUCGCUUCAGUCUCACACAUUUCACUGUGGGUGCUGUGCCAGUGCACUGCUGGGUUUUCUGUUGCUGUUGGCCACAGUCAGACUAAAGAGUGGAUUGUCCCUCGAGCAUUUUGGGAUCUGGAAUUUUGUGUCUAAGCUUACUGCCAUGUCCCUCUCCCCAUUUCUCUUCUCCAUGGACGUCAAUGCUGCGUCUCUGCUGUGUGUGGUCGUCAGUCAUGCUGGGGAGGCCCUGCUGCUGUAUUCUGACAGAGAACCUCAGCUGUGAUGGACACACACUCUGCUCUUCAUGAACAUAUUUGUCUUUUUUCAUGGAAAAUGUUAUUUUUUCAUAUUAUUUUUCUAAUCUCUCGUGUGAACUCUGAUAACCUUCUGACCAAAUAAAAUGCUUU